AUACAUCGCUAUACAUAUUUUAUAAAAACUAUGAGGGAUUUUACGCAUGUGAAGGUCGUCCGAUGGAGCGUCCUUCAGUUACUGCUGACAUUUGCCGGCACUCAAGGAGUUUUGGUGCUGACAUCUGACAAACAGUAUGCGCAACUACAAGGUGAAAUAACGUUAACCUGCAACACGAGUGAUAGUGUUAGUACUAUUGAGUUUAGAAGAAAUAGCACCUAUGUGGGAAGAUGCGGCAUGUAUGGUUGCGAGACAUUAAAUGCAAUUAAGUUCAUGGUGAACAAUAAUACAGAGCCUGUUGGAUACAACAUAUUCACCGUAACGGUAAAGGUCUUUGAAGAGAACGACGAAGGCUUUUAUACAUGCGUUGAUAUGAACUCAUCGCAGGUCUCUGGAAUACAAAUCACGUACGCAGUUGACAUCACAUCAGUGACACUUACUCCAAAGAAGGACCCUAUAUCGGUGAUUGAAAACGUUCCACAGCUUUUCCGCUGUGUUACGUCAACGUGUCGUCCGGCGGCCUCGGUAACGUGGAUUCUGGGCUCCACCCAACUCACUUCUGGAAUUGAGUCAAUCACCUCACAAGACGUCACUACCAGUACACUUAACUACACCUCACAGAAAAAACACCAGGACAUGCAAAUCCACUGUCAAGGUAGUAAUGGUGGUCAACUUCGCAAAUCCGAUGACCGACCCAGGCUAAACGUUCUUUAUGGGCCAAGACAACUAGUUUGCAGAUUUGGUGGGUCAUCUUUGUUAUCUGCAGUAGCAGUAAGAGAAGGCCAGGAAUUUAGCCUUAACUGCAGCAGCGACGGAAACCCGCCACCAAGCUUUUCCUGGACCCACCCUGGGGAUGGACCAUCUAGUUCUCUCUUCAUAGGCAGCAUCAACAGAACACACGCUGGGAUAUUCAGGAUAAUAGCAAGGAACAACUUGAUCCCAUCCAAUCAACAGGCAGUUAAUCUCUCCAGGGACAUUAAUGUCACAGUUGAUGUUCAAUAUGAGGCAAAAGUGACGAAUUUUACAUUAUCGAAUGUUGAUGACGGGCAAAAGUUUGAAGCAAAUGAAAGCUCACAAGUCAUUUUUCAUUGCCAAGCCCAAGGCAAUCCAUUAUCAAAUGUUGUGUUGUCUAAAGACAAUCAUGAUUUAAAGACAGAAAGUAACACAAACGAAUUGGCAUUCACGAUCAUCAAAAGUGUUUGUGAGGACGAUGGCACUUACCAGUGUUCAGCACAAAAUAUACACAAUACUAAAGCCGAUAUCAGGUGCUCCUCGUGCAUCAACAUUGGCCCCAAGAAAGCAGAACGUCACAAGCGCUACUGGAGUCCCUGCUGUUUUAACUCUUACGCUAGUAGCAUUUCCUCGACCUAUGUGGUUGACAUUUUGUGGGAAAAACAAUUGUCGGCUCUAAAUACGUGGCAUAUUGUUCCUAAUGCCUCACACAUCGAGAUACUCAUAUCUGAAGACGGACUUCAAACUCAGUUAUCAUUUAGUUCCGUUAUGCAAGACGAUUUCGGGUAUUACCGCGUACAUGUCAACAACGAACUUGGAAAUUAUACCGAAACGUUUUGCCUGCAGAAGCAAGACGAAACGAAUAAGGUGCUUAUAAUAGUGUUAGUUGGAGUCUCGUGCUCAGUCCUUGUGGUCUUUCUAGUCGUUAUUAUCAUAGUGGUAUUCAAAAAAAGAAGGAAAGGGAAAAUGACAGAAGCCUUGGAUCGAUUAACAAAGGAACAUAAGCUGCAGUCGAUGUCCAACACAGACGGAACAGAAGAUGACAAUGAUGAUGAAGUGAUCAAUGAGUUAUAUGAGGGCGGUGAUGAUGUGCAGGACCGCACUAGAAAGGCGGCGGCCCUUCAAGAACAGCCUCAUAAGAAAAAAGCUGUCAGCAUGUCAAGCGGGGUCGUUGAAUUAUAUGCUGUCGUAAAUAAAAAGUCAAAAGGCGAAACGUCAUCGGAACAACCAUCAAAACUAAAAAGGGAAGCGAAGGACAGCGAAGAUGAAUACGAAAACACUGAAAAUCCACGAGGGGCGAAUGGUGUCGAUAACCAUGAAAAUCAUGAUGUGCCUUUGGCAAAGGAAACAGCUAAGGAGAAUGUAAACAAAGAUGGACUGGUUUACGAAGAGUUGACUUUUUCAAACCCCACAAAGGAACAACAGCGUAUAGUCAUCCACGGCUCAGAUGAAAUAACAAAAUACGCAGAAGUGGACUUGACCAAGACGGCAAAACCAUUACGUGAAAAAGACGAAAAAAAGAUUAAAUUGCCAUCAAAAAAUUGAAAUAAAUAUCAAAACAUAAUUGAUAAAAUUUGGGCACAUACUGCAUGUUAAAAAAUGCUUAAACUUAAAUGGUAGCCGUGUUCCAAAGAAUGUCCAGAAAACCCAAACAAUGUAGCAUUCAAAAGAUGACAACUUUGGUUUUUAUGUUGACAUAUUACGCCUAAAUUUGAUACAUUCUUUAUAUUUUAUAUAUAUAUUUAAAUUCCUGUACAAUUAUUUUUCUAAACUUGCGUAUUGGAUAUUGUCCACGUAUGAAAUUUCAGAACCUGGUUUCGUAUCCUGCUGUCGGCUGAUUAUUGUUUUCGAUUUUGUAUUUGUCUAAUAUUCUUUCUUAUUUUUGUCGUAAUUUUCACCUCGAUAUGUUUUCUUCUCCAAAUGUCCAUAUUUAAUCUCAUGCAGAUUUUCUACGGGACAUCGUUUGUUUUAGUUUCUUGUGGACAAUAUUUGCGAGUUUUGAAAUGAAUGUCUCUAUUUCUUUUAAUAUUUAUAUGAAAAACUACAGAAACAAGCUUAGAACCCAAACGUUUAAUCAUAAACCCCGUUCAAUGGCACAGAAUAAACGCCAAAGACAUGGAACACAAAAACAAACAAUCACAAAUAAGAAACAUGGAACAACAACUCAAUACUCCACAAACAACUCAGUACAUAUAUACUAUAUAAAAAAACUUAAGCUAGUUAUCCACAUGAUGCUAUGAUCUUAAUUAUGUAAUUAAUGUGGUAAUUUGAUACUGUUUUAUGCAAGGAUCACCUCAACCCGUACUGGCUUGAAUAAAGACAUAAUUAGUAUCGUCAUCGUACAACUUAUUACA